AUGCAAGACGAUGGCAAUCUUGUGAUCUAUAAAGGUCCCAACACCAAACAUCGUAUUCCUAUUUGGGCUUCGAAUACACCUGGUAAAGGUGCAUAUCCUCAUCGACUGGAAAUGCAGGCCGAUGGAAAUUUAGUUAUUUAUGAUGAUAAAGGUGAUGCUACUUGGGCAUCAGCUACACAUGAUCGAGGCGCUAUAAAUGCUCUCAUGAUUAUGCAAUCUGACGGCAAUUUAGUCAUCUAUAAUAAUUCACCUAGAACUCCACUUUGGGCCAGUAACACACAUGGCCCAAGUGGCGUUGAUUGUCAAAAAGCAGACACAUGGCCACAUGAUUGGACAAAAUUCGAAGAUGAAGUGCUUGCACUUGUUAAUGAAAUUCGUGAAAAAGGAGCUAAUUGUGGAGGACAUUGGAGACAUCGAGUAUCGCCAAUUAAACAAAACUGGAAGUUGACACGUGCCGCACGAUGCCAUAGUGUUGACAUGGCUCUUUAUACUUAUUUCGAUCACGUUGAUCAACAAGGUGGUACUUUAGGUAAACGAAUAGAAGAAGUUGGUUAUCAAUUUGAAAAGAUAGCAGAGAACAUUGCCAAAGGUCAAACCUCCCCUCAACAAGUUGUAAACUCUUGGAUCAAUUCACCUGGUCAUUGUCAUUCUAUUAUGAGUGAUUAUCAAGACAUCGGUAUCGCCUACAUAGGUCAAAACUAUUAUCCAGAGAGUCAUGUCUGGGUACAGAAUUUUGGUACACCCUUGUAA